AUGGAUGAGAUAAAGGAGAAUCCUAGAGCAUGGAAAUGGUUGAGUGAUAUUGAUAGCAAGCACUGGUCAAGGCACAAAUUUAGCACUAAUGCUAAGACAGAUUUGGUUGUUAACAAUAUUAGUGAGUCAUAUAAUGCUUGGAUACUAGAGGCUAGAGAAGAACCUAUGUGCACAAUGAUGGAGCAUAAUAGAACAAAGUUGAUGGAGUCUAUUAGCAUCAAAAGGGAUGGUGCAGAAAGAGAUACAUGGGUUAUACCUCCAAACUACAAGAAAAGGCUUGAGCUGGAGAAGAAAUUUGCUUCAAUUUUCAAGGUUGUGUGUGCUGGACGUGGCAUUUGGCAAGUCACUUGUAAAGAUAGCCAAUAUGUUGUUGAUCUGGACAGCCGCAAGUGUGGGUACUACAAGUGGGAUGUCACGGGAGUCCCAUGCUGCCAUGCUAUUGCAGCUAUACAUCAGUUCAAGCACAAGCCUGAAGAUUACAUUUCACCAUACUUUACUAGGGAGAAAAACAUAGCUGCCUAUGAGGGGAUGAUCAUGCCUAUCCCUGACAAGACACAAUGGUUGAAGACAGAUUUCCAUGAAGUAGAUCCACCACUAUACCAUGCACAACCAGGAAGGCUAAGGAAGAAGAGAGUUAAGGCUCAACGUGAACCUCAUGUUCCUGAGAGGGCUUCAAAGAAAGCAUCAAUUAGAUGUUCUAACUACCAUACUUAUGGUCACAACGUCAAGGGAUGUGGUCUGCCAAUUAGGCCAGAUUGGGAGGCUAGGAAGGGAGCAAAGUUUACCAGGCAUGUCUCAACCUCAAUCAGCCGAUGGAUCUCAGCCAAGGCAGCCAACAAAAGCAACUCGUCGAGGAUCAAAGAGUAG